AUGUCUACCUCUAUUCGUCACUUAACCUCUAUCAAAGAUCUAACAGAUGAAGAAUUCAAAAUUCUAGUUGACAGAGCACAACAUUACAAGACUAUCUUUAAGAAUGGUGGCUCUGAAGAAUUUCAAAAGAAUCAUUUGAAAUUGCUAGGUAGAACUGUUGCUUUGAUUUUCACUAAGAGAUCUACCAGAACCAGAAUCUCUACAGAAGGUGCUGCUACAUUUUUUGGUGCUCAACCAAUGUUUUUAGGUAAAGAAGAUAUUCAAUUAGGUAUUAAUGAAUCAUUUUACGACACUACCAAAGUUGUGUCAUCUAUGGUUUCUUGUAUAUUCGCUCGUGUGAAUAGUCAUGAUGAUAUUCAAGCUCUGUGUAAGGAUUCAUCCGUACCAAUUAUUAACUCCUUAUGUGAUACUUAUCAUCCUUUACAAGCAAUUUGUGAUAUGUUAACUAUUAAAGAAAAAUUUGCUGCACAUCUAGAAGAUUCUUCCAAACCAAAUUUGAAGAUUACUUGGAUCGGUGAUGCUAAUAAUGUCAUUAACGAUAUGUCUCUUGCAUGUUUGAAACUAGGGAUGGAUGUGGCUAUUGCUACUCCAACUGGUAUUGAAAUGGACUCUAACAUUAUGAACGAAGCUAAUAAGAUUGCAUCUCAAAAUGGUACUAAGAUUGAAGCAUCUCACGACUCUAAAAAAGCUUCAACAGGUGCAAACAUUCUUGUUACCGAUACAUUUGUGUCAAUGGGUGAAGAAUUUGCUAAAGAAGCUAAAUUGAAACAAUUCCAAGGUUUCCAAAUUAACAAAGAAUUGGCUGAUUUAGCUGAUCCAGAAUUUAAAUUCAUGCAUUGUCUACCAAGACAUCACGAAGAAGUCACUGAUGACGUCUUUUAUGGUGAACACUCUAUCGUCUUUGAUGAAGCUGAAAACAGAUUAUACGCUGCUAUGGCUGCUAUUGACGUCUUCGUCAUUAACAAGGGUAACUUCAACAACCUAAAAUAA